CUGUAGUCCAACAGUCUUCGCAGUAGAUCGGUAGGUGAGCGGAAUUUCGUGCGAGCUACGAUAUGAGGAUCACGUGUCUUAUUACGGUCUGUGCGUAUCUAUCGUCAACAGUAUCCACUGAGGAAACCCAAUAUUUGAAUAAGUUCCAGAGAACAGAAUCACAAAAAGAAUUUGUCUUUGAUGCUACGACGAGGAAAGAAAGAAAUCCCAUCAUUGGGAUUCCACCCGAUGUAUUAUCAAUAUUGCAAGUUACUCGACCGCGGGAACAAAUCAGUAUUGUCCAGAAGCCUUAUUACAGAAAGGUCCGCCAAUCUCCGUCUAAACCAGUAAAACCUUUACAACAAUAUCCUCUUAAUAGCUCGAGACGUCCGCCAUUAAAACGUGUGAGAAUCCGCUCGAUCGACGGAUAUGAGGUGAAUGAAAAUGAAGUCAACGAGUUCGUUCAGGAAGGGACUCCAGAAGAGAUCCCAGACGAAGGACCGAUUUACAUCAAGCCUGUGGUUCGCGUCACAAAGAAAAAUCUUUUCGAUUCUUUUCUGGAAAUAUUGGAUCAAUUGCUGAAUCCGGGGGAAUCCAGAAAGGAGCUGGGUCCAAUCGUCGGACCCAUCAAGAUCCCGGGAUCUAGUCGCAAGAUCUUUCUGCGCCUGAUGGAACCGGUCGACUCGAGUCACGUUAACGUGCGCUUCGUAACGCAAGUACCGGUUCCCGUGGUGGAUGAGAAGUCUAUCUUAGGCAAGGAACACAAGACUGCCUUCUCGUUUCAUUCGAACAAUCCCGCUACCACAAUUUUGAAUCGAUACCCUAUCGUGUUGAAUGACGAGAUCUUCAGUUCCUCCAACCGUCAUCAGGUUAAAGUGCCUCAAAACGCCACUCGCGUUUCCGCCAAAGGUCGAAAAGUGCAACCUAAACCUACGACUAAGCCAAAGAAUCCUUCGGAAGAUGCCGUGGAAAGCAAUACGGAAAAUGUAUUGCCUGUUAAAGUGGCAGCUGCCAGCGGAGCGGAAAGCGAUAAGAACCACUUGUACUAUCAGUAUCACACAGCAUCGUCGGGAGACGAUGCUGUGAAACAGGUGACGGAGAUAAUUAAAAAUGAAGAAUCGAAACACGAACAAAGUUUGAAGAACUCCAUAGAACCCUACCAGCUAAGCACGCAUCGUUUGCCUCUUCGGCAGGUGGCCCCGUUAUACCCGCUAUCGGCGAUGGGACAUACCGAUUCUAGCUCUUACGAGAAUACGUACAAAGUACCGAGCGACAGUCUCACCGCUCCCGGUCAGUACACGAGCUCGUACGAGCAAUACAGCGACGCUAAUGCAGGCUCGGUAGUCUAUGAUCAAUUUUACAGCAUCCCGAACACUUACUCGACCACCUAUCAGAAGCAAAACGAGUUUAGUAACGCCCCGAGCUCUUACUCGAUCUCUUAUCAGAAUCAAAACGAGUUCAACAACGCCCCGAGCUCCACUUCUUACGUCAAGCAGAACGAUCUUUUCAAUGCCCCCACCACCUAUGCGAGUUCUUACGAGAAGCCGACCAACGUUCCACCAUCACCGCCGACCACUUACGCGACUUCUCACGAGACGCAAAACGUCGUUCAAGCUGCUUCAAAUUCUCAGGAUGCACUUCGUGUCGUUGAUCCGCCAGCUUAUAAUCCUGAGCCUCGGCAACUCUUCGGAAAUCAAGCCAAUAUCGAAUUCGAACCUAUAAUUCCACAACAGCGUUACAAUUUUCCUAACGAGGUAGGCUCGUUGCCACGCAAUAAUGCGCAGAACGGCCAACUCUCGAACGCUCAGGUGACAUGGGGUAAGCCGAAAUGGGAGAAUUCUGAAGCGAAUUUCCAGAAAAAUGAGUCUAAUUUCCAAAAGAGCGUGGAGAUCACCUCCGAUGGCAAUCGCGAGAAAUGGCAUCCGCUUGCGUUCGUGGCCGAAGACGCGGAUUGGCAGAAGGCGUUCACCAAUUUGGCGAACGUCGCGAUUGGUAAUCAUGACGAAAUCAUCACGAGAGAACCAUUGGUCAAUCGUCCGAGACAGGCUCCGCGAAGCACUACGCCGGGCACGAUCGAGAAAGAAAGGAUCGAUCAACGUCAAAGCAAUAGGCGUCGCAAGUCUUCGGCCGCGGUUACUCGAAGUCCAAGAUGUUCGCCUUCGGACAAGGGGGACAGAUGCGAACAAACGGAACCCACGAUCGCUUCGCUGCUUCCAGCGGAAAGGAUCGUCAUGGAGGAGCAAAUACAACCGGUUGCCAAUAUUAAACAGGUUGUGAUUACUCCAAAACCGAUAGUGAGCACUACGAUCGAAUCUUUGCGAUUGAACGCUACGAAGAGCAGCUGGAUAAUACAGGAACCGCAGCCACUGGUGAUGACGACCGAGAGUCCUACGACCGAGAGUCCUACGACGAACAGCGUGACAGAGAAAUCUUCGUCAUUGAUUAAAGCGAUUAAGAGUACGACGGGGAAAUCAGUCGAGAGUAAAACGAGAAGAUCAAUAGUGAGUAAUUUAAUAGAGAAAUCUGUGGCGAGCAGUACGACGGAAAAAUCGACAAGUGGCACGUCGGAGGCGUCAAUACCAAAUAAUACCGCGAAAAGGCUGCGGUUGCCAAAGCGGCCUAUGAUAAUGAAAAAACCGUCUUUUGUAUUGAAAAGAGACGAGUCGGACAGCACGACGCGAAAGACGAUAGCGGAUACCACGACGCGAAAGACGAUAGCGGAUACCACGACGCGAAAGACGAUAGCGGAUACCACGACGCGGAAACCGACGACGAAAACGACGAAAACGACGAAAACGACGAAAACGACGACGGAGUCGUCGACGGAGAAAGCGAAGACGAGGCGACCGAAAUACCGCAACGCGGUUGCAAAAACGAGUACCACUUGA